UCCAUUCCUCCGCUCUCUCACUAUCUGUCCGUAUCUCUUGCUCUUCAUCGCAGACAAAGGAGGCUCUUCAGAAGUACUCAGCCACAGUAGCUCGGCGAGCCUGGAGACAGAAGAACCAAGAUGCCUCGCUCAAAAUGCGAUGUCAUGUCCAAAGAACCAAGCUCCAACCUGGAGAGCGCCAUGCAGAUGCUCAUCAAGACCUUCCACAAGUACUCGGGGAAGGAGGGGGACAAGUACACACUCAGCCGAGGCGAGCUGAGGGAACUGCUGACAGAGGAGCUGGGGAACUACCUAGGGAAUGCACAAGAUAAAGACGCAGUGGAGCGGGUGAUGAACGACCUGGAUGCCAACAAUGACGGCGAAGUGGACUUCACCGAGUUUAUUAUCCUCAUGGGGGCGCUGACUGUGGCCUGCAACGACUUCUUCCUCGACAGCCCACCUCCCAAGGUGAAGCCCGAUGCCAAGGGUGGCACCUCAACAGAGGGCGAGAACAAAGAGUAACAGGGGUACGAGGAAGGGAUGUGGAAAAUAUGGGCAGAUUGUGAGAUAGAAGAGAGAAUGAGGAAGAGAGCUCACUGUGUUUCAUCCAUUUCUGUUAUCUGGAGCAACAGACAGGUCCUUCAGAACAUCCUUCUAGUUUGUGUUAGACCUUGAAUCCAUCAGUUAUCAAUUUUGCCAUUAUAAUACAUUCUUAAAAGUAAAGGUUCCAACUCACGUAGGGCUCACAUGGGUGGGGCUCACAGGGGUUGAGCAUGGGCUUGGUGGGGUUCAAGUUGGAAUGGGCUCUAAUUGGUUGGUUCAGUGUAGAACCCAGAUGGGGCCCAUGUUUAAACCCUCCUGGUCUCAUCAUUGACAUCCAUGUCCAUAAGUGGGGUCAACCCAUAAUCCAUAAGUGGACUACCCAUUCAAAAAAGUAUUAUAGUGGUUUAUUAAAGAACUUUCAAAAUAUUUGAUUGCUCUUUAGGGAACCAAACUGCUCGCUCUGGCACCUUUAUUUUUUUUAAGAAUGUAUUUUCCCAAAGGAAACAUAAGCAAGUAGUCUUUCAGCAUUACAAUUAAACCUAUUCUUCAACCCCAGAUCCACAGAAAAGCACUCAAGUUCUGUUUAAAGUAAAUAAUACUUUGGGUAACUGGAAAGAUUUCUUUUAGAGUUACACUCUAUGAUUUUGAAAGUGCAAAGUGAAGCCUCUUUCACUUGAUUUUCAAAAUGCUCUGUAAAUAUCAACUGUGAAAUCCUUUAAAAUGUGAAAAACAACAGCCAAUCGCAGCAAAAUAUAUAAUCAGAAUCUGUAUGACGUGUGCAAAAUGCAUGUUAUAAAUCAGUAAAAUCUAAAAGCCACAAUACUGUGUAGAGUGAACGUUGUCUUCAAGAAUGCUUGUGAACGAGAUGUUUUGAGUGAGAAACAUUAAGUGAGCAAGUUGGCUGUAAAAUCACAGAGUGUAACUUUAAAAGCACACCAGAGAAAACUCACAGAGAAGGAAGACAAAAAAAUAUACGCUCUUGAAUGCUUAAAGUCUGACCACAUCCAGGAGAAGAUGAAUGCUUACAGUGUGAAUGGUGUCCAUACAUGCAAUACUAAUAAUACUAUCAAUUUUAAUAUUGGAAUGUGUUCUGCUUCUUCCUUGGCACCUAUUUUGUAGCCUGUUUUGUUAAGUGUUAAUAUUUCUCUUUCUCGUUAGAAUAAAGAUGCCUAAUUGAUCUUCA